UCCAUGAAUCUCUAUUCAGUAUCUCCCUGCGUCCUGCUGCUGCCUCUCAAGCGUAUGGGAUUCCACGUAGGCAUUAAAAAGAAAAAAAAAAAAAGCCAAAACUUGAAAAAAAAAACUUUGCAAAAGUUUUUUUUUUUUUUUCCUUAUCCUCCUCCCCGCUGUCAGGUGACUGUAGCGUUAGAAGCCAUGAGUGUGGAGGCUUUGGGGAGCCCAGUGAUGGAACCAGCUGCACUCUCCAAACGGAACCCGGCGCUGAGAUUAGUUGACUUGGCAGGGGCUCAUCAUCACCACCACCACCAUCAUCACCACCAUCCCCCACAGAGCGUCACAGGCUUCCCGGGGUUCGCCGGUCACCCCCACUCAAUGGCUCCCUCGCACCCUGGGGAGUACGCUGCUGAAUCCCGCCUAGGGCCGAGUCCAUUCCGAGCCGAACACAUGGGGCACCAUCAUCCCUCGGCCCUCAAACUCAGCCCUGCCCAUCAUCCUCAUCCCCACCACCGACACCAACACCAUCAUCAUCACCACCACCACCACCAUCCUUCUCCUCCACUACCACCUCCUCCUCAUCCACCUCCUCAUUCUAUGGCAGGAGGCCACGCUGAGGUGGUCGGUAGUCCAACGGGAGCGUUUGGCCCAGUGCCUUCAACAGCUAUCCCUUACCCUGUCUCCCACCCCGCUCAGGCGCUUACAGCAGGUAGCUAUUCUGGACACCAUGGCCACCACCACCCCGAAGCUGGGCAUCAUUCUCUUUUCUCUGGACUCCAUGAACCGCCUCCCCAGGCCUCCCCAGGUAGCCAUCUGAACGGACAGAUAAGACUGGGGAUACCUGGAGACAUGUACGCCAGGUCCGAGCAUUUCACUCAAGUGCCCGCCUCCAGGACAGACCCUUUCGCUGCAACUUCUCUGCAUAACUACGGGGGCAUGAACCUGAACGUGAACCUAGCUCCCCACCACGGCCCCGGAGCCUUCUUUCGCUACAUGCGGCAGCCCAUCAAACAGGAGCUCAUCUGUAAGUGGAUCGAGGUGGAUCAAGCGCCCAAAAGACUUUGCAACAAAACUUUCAGCACCAUGCACGAGUUGGUAACUCAUGUCACGGUGGAGCACGUUGGCGGCCCGGAGCAGUCCAAUCACAUCUGCUUCUGGGAAGAGUGUCCGAGAGAGGGGAAACCUUUCAAAGCCAAAUACAAACUUGUAAAUCACAUCCGAGUCCACACGGGGGAAAAGCCCUUUCCCUGUCCUUUCCCGGGGUGUGGGAAAGUGUUUGCUAGAUCAGAAAAUCUCAAAAUACACAAAAGAACUCACACAGGAGAAAAACCAUUCAAAUGUGAAUUUGAAGGCUGUGACAGACGAUUCGCGAACAGCAGCGACAGGAAGAAACACUCUCACGUGCACACCAGCGACAAGCCGUACAACUGCAAAGUGAGAGGCUGUGAUAAAUCCUACACGCACCCCAGCUCCUUGAGGAAACACAUGAAGGUGCAUUGCAAGUCUCCUCCUCCGAGCUCGGGUUACGACUCCUCCACCCCUUCCCUGGUGUCUCCCUCCUCGGACUCCGGCCGGGAUCCCCCUGGCUCGGCUGCAGCCCCCGCGGAGCCGGGCGCCUCAUCGCGGGCGGCGAACCUGAGCGAAUGCUCCUCCCAGUCCGGCUCCGUCACCUGACUCGGGAGAGGCGGCGGCGGCGGCUGCGGCGGCGGCAGAGGCGGCGGCAGAGGCGGCGGAGGCGGCGGCCACGGCGGCGGGGGCAGCGGCGGCAAUGUCCACGGCGUUGCUCUCAAGGUCCCGGCCCUUCCUCCACCAGCAUUGACCUUCCCCGAACUUUGGGGCUACACAGUCGCUUUAACCUCCAUUGGAAUUUGUCUAAGUGGCCGGUUGCUUAACGAGCUAAACAAUGACACGUCCACUCAGGGGCUGCCCUCGUAA